GCUGUACCGAAUCGGCUACUCCGGCGAAUCGCCGGAAAUCCCAUCUUUCCUAUCCCAUCGAGCAAAGGAUUUUCUAGAAAAGUGCUUACGGAGGAACCCAAACGAGAGAUUCACAGCCGCUCAACUUCUCGAACACCCAUUUCUGGGAGAACUGAAUUCAAUUCCCACCCCAAAGCAAAUCCAGAAAGUGCAUUCAGAUUCCCCAAGGAGUAUUCUGGAACAGGGGAUUUGGAGUUCAAUUGAAGAAACUGAAACUGAAAUUACAGAAUCCAAAUUGAAAAUGAGAGACCCCAGUAGUUGGGCAGCAGAGCAGAUCCGACGGCUGUCAGUGGCCUCAGGGGAGCCCAGAUGGACGGAGGAGGAAGAGAAUUGGAUCACAAUUCGAAGAGAAGACAUUGAAAAAAGCGAAGAAGUGGGUGAUGAAGGCGACAUGAUUGGUGGGUCAGAUUCAGAAACGGGAGUUUGUAGUAAUUAUGGUUGGGGUGAGAAACAGAGACGUAGUGGCGGCAAAGAGUGGUUGGAAAUGGAAUUCAGAUUAAUUAGGUGCUAUGUAUUGGGCGUAUUUAUUGUACAACAGUUGUCUUCGGAGCUGCUUGCUGUAAAGAUGUUCGAGAGCACUUUUAAAACAGUCCUAUGCUAAUGACAUUCCACAUCUUAGACCAGCACAAGGCAUGCCUAAUCCUGUUGUUGGCUCAAACAAGUUUCGGCACCAAACCAAAACCAAAAAGAGCAACUCUGAAGAAACUUUGUGAGUGGAAGGGAGAGAUGAGAUUGAAAAGGACUAGUUUUUGUUGUGUGAUUAGUUGAACAGAAAAAACCCAGACAGAAUGAUAAAAAAGGGUUGGAAGUUUUUGAAGAAGAGAGGAGGAAGAGGCAAAGUUGGAGAAGGGAGCUGAGUUUUGGUAAAUGAGCGAAUGGCCCAACUCCCAUCCACCGUCGGUCGAAUUAGUUUUUAGAGGCUAUGCAUUGCCAUGUGUGAGUUGUGACCUUAAUUACUACUCUUUGCCCAACAUCCUAUUUUGUCUCCUCUCUCUUUUCCUCUUUUUCUUUAAUUUCCGUUUAUAAAUAAUUCUUUCAACCUCGAGGUUGGCGUCCACGCAUCUCCCCUCCCCCUCUCUUCCCUUUCGCUGCCUAUUAUUCUUUCUUCCCCAGCUCUACAGAAUAAAAUCAAUCGAAGCUUCGACUUCAAAGAAGAAGAUAAUUAGUGUAUUAUUUGGUUAGCUAUUCAAAAUUUUGAACAUAAAAAUAUGAGGGAGAGGGUUUUGUUUUGUCCUUUAAAAUUGGGAUUCAAAAGUUCAGUAAGACUUAAACGCACCGCAUGCCAAUGCCAUAACCAAAAUAAACUCAAACAAUGAGCUGUGGACGUUGUUUCUGCACAUUUGGAUUUCCAUUUACUUUAAUUCAAUUCAAUUCAAGAUUAUGCUA